AUUGAGCACUCCUCACUCAACAUGGCGGCGAUGAGGCUGGUGAAGGAUGGGCUGGUGGCGCUGGUGACGGGGGGAGCGUCAGGGCUGGGCCGCGCCACGGCGGAGCGCGUGGUCCGCCAGGGCGGCCGCGCCAUCCUCGUGGACCUGCCCUCGUCAGACGGCGCCGCAGUGGCGCGCGAGCUGGGCGACGCCUGCGCCUGGGCGCCGGCCGACGUGACGAGUGAGGAGGAGGUGGGAGCGGCGGUGGCCUUGGCGCGGGAGAAGUUUGGCCGUCUGGACGCGGCCGUGAACUGCGCGGGUAUCGCCAUCGCCCUCAAGACGUACAACUUCAAGCGCAACACCGCGCACGGGCUCGCUGACUUCCAGAGAGUGCUGCAUGUGAAUGUGGUGGGCUCGUUCAACGUGAUCCGUCUGGCCGCUGGCGAGAUCGGGCGUAACGAACCAGACUGCUCGGGACAGCGCGGGGUCAUCGUCAACACGGCCAGCGUGGCCGCGUACGACGGGCAGGUUGGCCAGGUCGCCUACUCGGCCUCCAAGGGCGCCAUCGUGGGCAUGACGCUGCCGAUAGCGCGCGACCUGGCGCCCCAGGGCAUCCGCGUGAUGACCAUCGCUCCCGGCUUGUUUGCGACGCCGCUACUCAUGACGCUGCCCGAGAAGGUGCGCGAAUUCCUGGCGCGCCAGGUGCCUUUCCCCAGCCGCCUGGGUGACCCCUCCGAGUACGCGCAGUUGGUACAGUCCAUCUUGGAGAACCCCAUGCUUAAUGGGGAGGUCAUCCGGCUGGACGGCGCCAUCCGCAUGCAGCCUUGACUCGCGAGGGGAGCGGUGAGGAGCAGGUGAAAUCAAAGUGGACUUUCCCAACAACCUUGCCCCACUCCUCCACGCCACCACUUUCGUCCACGCAAAGUGGGUACGGUCCAUCGCAGAGUUGCGGGCAAUGGGACCGCGUGGCCAAUCGCAGCUUUGCAGUCACGUGGGGCUAACCGAGCUAAUUCGACGUGACCGCCGCGAAAAGAGGCUUCCGUUACGUCGCGUCCGAUUGGUUCGACGGGCACCGUGCGAUCGCUCCGCUGGGCGUGCGUUUGGCCACCUACCGCGCUGUGUGCCGCGGAGAUAUUUUCAUGGUUGCAGUGUCGUAGAAAGUUUGGAACGAUUUGGCGGGAUUGGCCGGGGGGGGGGGGGGGAGAAAAAAAUAGUUAACUCUGGACAGAUUUUCUGGGUUACAGAUGAAACCUUACUUACAAAACAAUAACGAUGAAAUAUCUCGAACGACGCUUUUGAUUCAUGAAACAUGUGUGCGCGUCGCACAUUUAAAUGAUUCCGAGCUUCUCACUCGUCGAGGGUCAGCGACUCUGUGGCUCUUGGCGACCCCGAAACACGUCGGCAAGUAAACCAAUCGACAAUAGAGACGUGACGGUAAUUGUUUUCAUAGUAUUAUUUACAUAAUUGCAUUGUUUUAUCCGGAUCAUUCAUCCUCUCCCCCACCUCAGCCAUACCCCGGAUUAUUGAGAGGUUGACUCUCGCCCUACCUACCUGUAAUUUCAGCCACAUUUGUACCAGGCAACAACCUCGUACGUCCAACAUUUCGCUUGCUUUUGCGUGUAAUUUCACGAUUAAUGUGCAACUGUGAACUGCUUAGGGAUUUGCUCGUAAUUGUCACGGGUUACUUUCGUUUCGCAAAAUCGCCUUUACACACCCUUGCAAAGGCUUCAUUAAAUCGUCGAUUCUCGCUUGAAAAGUUACGAACAUUCUAGUGCCUCGGGGUGUCACUGAAAAAAUAUGAAUUAAAAUUUUGGAGUUCAUAUCCCAUCGAAUUGUCAGAUGCAGUUGUUUUUAGGCAGAGAAAGGGAAUCGGGUCUUGAGUUUCAACUUGAACAGGGCAGAGAGAGUACGUGUGAAGUCUUGAGUAUUUGUGCGAGUCCGUGUGUCUCGGCGAAUUGCAUAAAUGUAUGAGUGUGUGUGAAUCUAUGGGUAUCAAUUCUGUGGGGCCUAUUUUCGUUGGAGUCUAUGUGUCUCUGUGAAUUAUCGUAUGAGUCUACGGGUCUCUGCGUGAGUUGCUCAGCAACCGCACCUCAACAACAAGAACGGUCAUCCUUGCACCAAUUGUUGCCUCCCGGCGGUUUGGUUCUGAGUGGUGCCUCCCAUCUGACUGGCCACCAUCGAUGUUAUAAAUUCAGUUGGUUGCCGAGUUCCCAUUUAGUUUCCAUCCACAAAGUACGCUUCUCAGCACCAAUCGCCGAGUUAAAAAAAAAAACGACAUCAGUUGCCUUGCAGAGUGCAUUUCACAAGAAAUCACACACGGUGCGUUCCGUAAACACAACGAACGAACGCUUACCUUGGGGAUAAGAGGACGUUCCGAGGCUAAGCCCAAUUUGGGGGAGAGGUCACGACCCCGAGGUUGGAAACUACUGGAGAUAUCGUCCGUGUGUCAGUCCGUCCGUCCAACGAUUCUGACUUUGCCUUUCCCCCGUGAACGUCGCUACAUCCAUUGGCCGUGGUUCACUUCGCGCCAAGCGUUUCGCGUUCACGAAUGAUUUGUAAAGAAUUCUUACGGAUUAAUAAAGCGAUAAAAUACUUGACGUGAAA